UUCCCCACACUACCAUAGCCUAGCCUCACAUCAGAUCUGGAGAGUAGAUCAGAGAGCUGCCCCUCACACUCACCUCGCCGGCGGUGCUCACUCCUGCAGCUGCAGGGUCUAUGUGCCUAGAGACCCUGCAGCCUGAACCUAGCUAGCCUUCUCCCCCCAGCGCUUGCAAUGGCAGAUCCAAUUACCCUUAGUGCUGCUGUAGGAUGGGGCGUAUCUGCAGUAGGUUGGCUCGCCUCACCCAUCAUUUCUAGGCUCCUCAACAAAGCUUUCACCCUCCUUGACUUUAACCCGACGGAGAAGCUGAAGAUAGUUGAUAUACAAGUUCAGCAACUGCAGAGGGUGAUGGAAGUAGUCGACGAGAGCACUUACAAAUUUCGUUUGGAGCCGCUUUUAGACAAGCUUAAAUCUGCUCUCUAUGAAGCCGAAGACAUCUUGGAUAGUGUCGAGUACGAGCACCUCAAGAAGCAGAUCCAAGAUGGCAAGUCAGAUGGCAGUAAGAUGGAUUUGCUAAAGAAGAAUGUUCGGUCUGCCAUGCCGAGCUCCCCCCUAAAAGAUAAGGUGACUGGUAUGUCAAAAGUGGAGUUGAAGAAGAGCCUGGAGAAGAUAGAAAGUGCUAUAAAUGAUGCAUGUGAAAUUUUGAAACAGUUGAACUUGCCAUGUGUAAGUAAUGAUAAGGGGAGACCAGCUGUUCCUACCAAUGCACGUAGUGCAGGCAUCAGUCCUCCAGUACGUGUAAUUGGUCGAGAUAAGGAUCUUCACAAGAUCAUAGCAAUGCUUCAUGAGAAGGAAGACCAGUGCCAAGCAGACACUGUCAGCGAUACAUGUUAUUCUGUGAUUGGCAUUCAUGGCAUCGCCGGGUCUGGCAAAUCAACACUUGCACGUUGUGUUUAUGAUCAGGAGAAAAAGCAGAAGCAAGAGAAUAUGGAUGGUCAUUUCGAGAUUGUCAUGUGGGUUCAUGUUUCUCAGAAAUUUGAGUUGGAUUCCAUUUUCAGGGACAUGUUUGAGGGGGCUACACGGGAAGUCUGCCUGGAUUUUAAUAGUCUUCAUGCCUUAAAAGAAAAUCUAGAGGAAAAACUGUGUGGAAAACGGAUUUUGUUGAUACUGGAUGAUGUCUGGUACAACAGUAGGAAUUCGGAAGACCAUGAAGAACUACAAAAGUUAAUUUCUCCGCUGAAUGUUGGGAAGGCAGGAAGCAGAAUCUUGGUGACUAGUCGAACUGAAGAUGCAUUAUUAGCUCUGGGUGCUGCUCAAGAGAGAUGUAUUCCAAUAUCUGACCUGGAUGAUGAAGUGUUCCUCGAAAUGUUCAUGUAUUAUGCACUUGGAGAUGCAAGGGUAGGUGGCCAUGAUCGAAGAGAACUUGAAACGAUUGGAGAGGACAUUGCAAAAAAGCUUAAGAGAUCACCUCUAGCAGCCAGAACAGUAGGUGCACGGCUGCGUAAAAACCUGAAAGUCGAGAUUUGGAUGAGGGAGAAGGAUAGGGACCUUAUGAAAGAGACAAUGGGAGCUCUAUGGUGGAGCUACCAGUAUCUUGAUGAGCAGGUCAGGCGAUGCUUCGCUUACUGCAGUAUUUUUCCAAGACGGCAUCAGUUGACACGUGAUGAGUUAGUUAAGUUGUGGGUGGCAGAAGGGUUUAUAAAGACUAGUAAAGCUGAAGAGGAAAUGGAAGAUGUUGCUCGGGAUUACUUUGAUGAAUUGGUGUCGGCCUCAUUUCUGCAACUAGGAGGGAAACAAGAAAAUAUUCUUGGACUCAUCAUCAAUGACAUCAUAUGGCUUAAAUCAGAUGAGUCUGAAUUCUUAGCGAGUAUGUUCACUAUGUUGACAGGGCUGCGGAAAUUGCGGGUACUGAAUAUGAGAGUAGCACGUGAGAGGAGUGGAUUUGGUUUUUCAUUCUCAUUCCCAGAUUCUAUUGGUCAGUUGAAGCAUCUGCGUUAUUUUGGUUUCAUGGUUCCAGUACUUCACAAGCUAACUUUACCAGGUGCUUUUACCAAGCUUUACCACAUGCAGGUGGUAGAUUUUGGUCAUUGCAAAUUUUUGGCUUUUUCUAGAGGUGAAGAUAUGAUGAACCUUGUCAACCUGCGCCGUGUAAUCAGCAAGGCAGAUCUUGAUUUUCCGAACGUUGGCAGGCUGACAUGGCUCCAAAUGUUACCAUUCUUCACAAUAAGUAAGAAGCAGGGGUACGAGUCUCACCAGCUGAAAUACCUAAACAAGCUUCAAGGCAAGCUGCAGAUCCACGGUCUUGAGAAUGUUGAGAGCAAGGAGGAGGCUGUUGAAGUAAGUCUUGCUGGCAAGGAAAAACUCACAGAACUGGUACUGGUCUGGGAUGAUAAGAACUGCAGUCCAGAAGUUCAAGCAGAGGUGCUUGAGGGUCUUUGUCCAUCAAAGUAUCUUGAAAGAUUAGAAAUCAGGGGUUACCGUGGUAAGAGGAUACCGAGUUGGAUGAUGGGUACGCAUAACGGCAGCCCGAAGAACCUGCAAGACCUUCACUUCAUCAGAUGCAGCUUGGAUGACUUACCAGGUAAUACGGAGCACCUCACAUCACUCAAGAAUGUGAUCCGGUAUAACUACAGCCAAUCCAAAUUGGCAAAAGAUUGAGCACAUUCCAAGGAAAACAAUUCAAGGUUCUUGUAAAAGGUCCAUAUGGAAGAUAAAGUUGCUGCUAUGUCUGCCAGCUUCGGUGAUGAAGACUGAAUUUAGUCGUUUACUAGGGUGGUAUGUAAUAAUGCAGAAUGAUGAACGCUGGUUUUAAGAACACUAUGGAAUGCAUGAUGAACCCCAAACUGUA